AUGAAUCGGUUAAUUUUACUUAUUGUUCUGUGUUUCCUAAGCAGUUAUCGUGCUCUUCUAAGUCCACAUCGAAAGUUCCGAUCCAUCCCACAGAGUGAUGACACAGGAGCUGCAGGAGAACCGCUCUUCCUGACGCCUUACAUCGAAGAAGGUAGGAUACAAGAAGGACAGGAGGCAGCCAGGGUAUUUUUGCCGGGUACCAACGUUACUAGCUACAGUGGCUACUUCACUGUCAACAAGACCUUCAACUCCAAUCUCUUCUUCUGGUUUUUCCCUUCUGAGGUAGAUACCAAGAACGCUCCAAUAGUGCUCUGGCUGCAGGGAGGACCUGGAGGUUCUUCUCUUUACGGGCUUCUCUGCGAAAAUGGUCCAUUCUCUGUAAGCGAUGAGCUAACCUUAAAGAAACGCCAAUAUUAUUGGUCUCAACGAUUCAACGUCAUCUACAUCGACAACCCGGUCGGGGUAGGAUUCAGCUUUACCGAAAGCGAUUCAGGAUAUGCGACUGACGAAGUCAAGGUAGGAGAAGAUCUUUACUCUAUUUUAGUACAGUUCUUCCAGUUAUUUCCGGAUCUGCAAAAAAACGAAUUUUUCAUCAGUGGGGAGUCUUACGCAGGGAAAUAUAUCCCCGCAAUAGGUUAUACGAUCUACAACAACAACAAAAUAAAUAAACAGAAGAUCAACUUGAAAGGGUUAGCGAUCGGUGACGGAUAUUCUGAUCCGGAGAACAUGUUGAUUUAUUCAGAUUAUCUCUAUCAGCUUGGAAUAGUGGAUGCUAAUACCAGAGAAAUACUUAAGCAAAAAGAAGCUAAAACAGUAGAACAUAUUAAGCAAGGCCAGUAUUACAAGGCUUUUGAAAUUAUGAAUGACAUUGUAAAUUCGUUUAGCCCUCAAAUAAAUGGCUACAAUUAUAUUCAAAGUGAUACAUUUAAACCCGAAGGAACCUUCAGUGAGUAUCUGCAGACAGAAGUUGUCAAGAAAAGUAUACACGUCGGUGAUUGUACAUAUCAUAGUGUAAAUGUUGUAGUUUAUAACAUUCUUAUGCACGACGUGAUGCAAUCGGUUAAACCAUGGGUCGAAUUUUUAUUAGAAUAUUACAGAAUAAUGUUUUAUAAUGGCCAAUUGGAUAUUUAUGUCGCAUAUCCACUGACGGAGAACUUCUUGUCAAAACUGAACUGGACGGGUUCUGAGGAAUACAGAACUGCACCGAGGAAGGAAUGGAAGGUAGAUGGCGAACUGGCUGGGUUCUACAAGAAGGCUAAAACGUUAACAGAAGUUCUGGUCAGAGAUGCAGGGCACAUGGUGCCCCAGGAUCAACCGAAAUGGGCUCUCGACAUGAUAACCCGAUUCUUCCUCGACAAAUUUGAUUAA